AUGUCCCAUGCGGAUAAAGAAGACUUGUCUGGUGUUCUUGGAGUUCGACAUGUUCUAGGUACGGGUAUUUAUCUUGGUUUACCAUCUAUGAUAGGUCGGAGCAAAAAAAUCACAUUUUCUUAUAUCAAAGACCGUAUAUGGAAGCGUAUAAAUUCUUGGCGAGGGCGAGCGUUGUCAAAGGCCGGUAAAGAGGUAAUGAUCAAAUCGGUACUUCAGGCUAUUCCUUCAUAUGUCAUGAGUAUGUAUAUACUUCCCUCAUCUUUUAUUGGAGAUAUUGAAAAAAUGUUAAAUGCAUUUUGGUGGGGAGGAGGUAGUAAUAACGGGAGAGGCAUACAUUGGCUGGCAUGGGAAAGACUUACAUGUCCUAAGACUAAACGAGGUUUAGGUUUUCGUAAUUUUGAAGCUUUUAACAUGGCUAUGGUGGCGAAACAAGGAUGA